CUGGGAGAGAGCGGGGAGGAGGAGGAGGAGGAGUGAUGAUGAUGAUUAGUUUAAGGAGCAUGCUGAGGCUGUCUGUUGUGUUUCCAGUGGGUGUGCUCCUCGUCAGGACCAUGGCAUGGACGUCCUCCGGAAAUUCCCACACACAUCUAAUUGAGAACCUGAGACGCGAUGGCGUCAUUCAGUCCGAUCGAGUGUUCAAAGCGUUGAUGGAGACUGACCGUGCCCAUUACUGCAAAGGUUUCCCCUUCGAGGAUUCUCCACAGUCGAUAGGUUACCAUGCAACCAUCAGUGCACCCCACAUGCAUGCGUACGCCUUGGAGUGUCUAAAGGAUCAUCUGUACGAGGGUGCCCGGGCUCUGGAUGUGGGUUCGGGGAGCGGUUACCUGACAGCUUGCAUGGCUAGAAUGGUGGGACCCUCGGGCCUAGUGGUGGGAGUGGAGCACAUCCCACAGCUGGUGGAGCAAUCCAUCAGCAACGUUCAGACUGACAACCCUUCACUGCUGGCAGCAGGCGGGCUGAAGCUGAUCGUGGGGGACGGUCGGAACGGACACCUGGACCACGCGCCCUACGACGCCAUCCACGUGGGCGCCGCCGCCGCUGCUGUUCCCGAAGCGUUGCUGCAACAGCUGAGGCCCGGAGGCCGUCUGGUCAUCCCUGUGGGCAGCCGUGAGGGAGGCCAGCAACUGGAGCAGUAUGACAGGGCGAAGGAUGGGAACUUCACUCGCACGCCGCUGAUGCGAGUCGCCUACGUGCCCCUGACCGACCGAAAGAGGCAGUGGAGUGGGUAUGUGACCGCAGCGGGCAGGUGCCGGGUGAGGCAUGAACUGUAAGUUCCGCGUAGACUCUUUUCAGAAGGCAAGGAGAACGGAUUUGUUGAACUCGCCCAGUGCCCUGGAUAGACCUUGGACUCUCCCUGGUGUUGAUGGACCAUGGGUGGGGAAGGGCAAAGGGGAUGCAAUGGAACAGUUGGAACAUGUUGCAGAAUUCAUCAGCGUGGAAUCAGAAAUAAAACACCCACUCCACUUGCAA